AUGGGUAAGGAAGAUCUCACCUCUUUAUUCUCCCUAUUGGAUGUUCAAUCCAAAAACGAAGCUCAUUACGAAGUUUCAGCUACCAGUUUGAAGCUUCUGGAGAGCGGGUGCACUCGAGCUAUAGACGUUCUGAAGCAAUGUCUUGUGGCCCUCAUUAAACAGGACAAAUACGAACAAUGCUCCUUGGUUCUCAAAAGUUACGCCCACAUUGACUCCGGAGACAGGGAGCUGCUUAUGGAAAAGUUGUACAUCUAUUACAAACUUAACGAUCGUAGGGCAUUUCAAGAGAUAUACCUGAAGAUUGAGCCUGGACUUGAAGAAUCUGCAAAACAGAAGACAUUGACUAGGUAUCAGAGAGGCUUGCUACAUGUGGUAGCGCAAUUCCAUUACAAAAUUGGCAAAUAUUCUAAUGCUGUCAGAAUUUAUCAGCUGUUGGCCGCUAUUGAAACUGAGAACAAUGACAACGAAGUCGAACUUGCCUGCAACGAACGUGCGGCUCUGUGCUACUCCAGUGACAUCAAUACUGUGGCUGUAACUUCGAUUUUUGAGGAUUCGUAUGAUUUGCUGAUCAACCAGUCCCUAGUAGAAUCCGCCAAGGGCAACCUCGAACAAGCGUUGUCUUUAGUGCAGAAGGCCAAUCGGCUAGCGGAGUCUGAUGGGUUCGUUGAAGAUCAAGCAUCUGCGAUUCUACAGCAAUCUUUCCUACUGCAGCUAUUAGGUAGGGAACGUGAGAGUAAACAGCUCUUAGAAAAAAUCACCAGCAUGGCUGGCGCUGCCGAUGUAACCAGUCUUCUAGCAGUAAACAAUCUGCUUUCUUUGAAGGACCUAUCCAAGUACUCUUCAAACUUCACCUUACUUUUAAGGGAGCUGAACGUUCAGGGACUCACUUCAAGUUCCGAUAAGUUCACCGUCGAGCAAUGGGAUACUUUGCAACAAAAUAUUUACCAACUCAAGUUUUUCGCUAACUCCACAUUAAAGUCCAAGAGCUCAACUUUCUCGCAUACUUUGUCGAAAUACCAAGAACUAAUUGGAAACGUUGCAUUGGAUCCAUACAAACAUCAAGCAAGAAAGUUAUUCAAACACACAAUGUCCGUAAUGAAGUGUGGAAUUUCGGGGAGAGUCAUUGGGCUGCUUCUCUUGGCCAUUCAGCUUCAAGUGAAGGACAAGCAAUGGGACCGUGCUAUUUUGCUGGCGGAGUUUUUUUUGAAGGCCAGUAGCGAUAAACUAGAUGUUGAGCAGCAGAUUUCGAUAUAUCUCUUGAUUCAAUUGUACCAGAGGGCAAACAGAAGCCAAAACAAACACAGACUUUUGGAAAGUUUGCUUGUGAGAUUCAAAGAGACAAGCUCACGAAGCGAUACUGAAUUUUGGAAGUUUGUAGGCUUCAAUCUUUUGGCAGAAGGCAAAUUUGCGGAAGGAAAAGCUGUAUUUGAGGAGCUUUUACGUUCAAACCCAUCCGACGAUCUAAUAAACAGAGUUUUGGGUCAGGGCGACGUUUUUGAAGGCAUUCACGAUCAACAACUAGAUAGCUUGAUUUCCGAUGUUGACAUUGAUGAGUUGGUGGCUCUGGGCUCGAUUCCCUUCAAGGCCGAAGGCGCACGGGCUGCGCCAAUAAUUCUGGCUAAACCUCCCAAGAAGAGAAGGGUAUAUAAAAAAAAGAAAUUCUCUAAAAACUACCCCGAGAACACACAACCUGACCCUGAGCGCUGGAUUCCAAUGAAAGAGAGAUCUUAUUUCAGACUAAAAAAGAAGCAAUUGGCGAAACAGACCCAAGGAGGUGGAUCUGGCAACAAAAAAUUAGAACAAUCUUUGGAUAUUUCUAAAGCCAAAUCAAAAAGCAUCAAAAAGUAA